GAACUGUGUUUGGCCCGGGCCGCCGGUGAGCAUUUGAAACAGCGGCGCCAGUUGCGAGAAGAUGGCUGCUCCGUCGCGAAGAUGUCCCCCGCGCCGUGCAAAGCUGCCCCGGGGUGACUUCUGUGCUGGCGCUAAGAGGGCGACUGAGGAGCCUUCUCUUACGACCUCGAUGGAGUGGGACACGCAGGUGGUGAAAGGGUCCUCGCCGCUCGGCCCCGCGGGGCCGAGGACGGAGGAACCGGCCGCCGGCCUGCAGCUGCCGUCGUGGCUGCAGCCCGAGAGGUGCGCCGUGUUCCAGUGCGCGCAGUGCCACGCCGUGCUCGCCGACUCGGUGCACCUUGCCUGGGACCUGUCGCGGUCCCUCGGGGCCGUGGUCUUCUCCAGAGUAACAAAUAAUGUGGUUUUGGAAGCGCCUUUCCUAGUUGGCAUUGAAGGUUCGCUCAAAGGCAGUACUUACAACCUUUUAUUCUGUGGUUCCUGUGGAAUUUCCAUUGGUUUCCAUCUAUAUUCUACUCAUGCUGCCCUGGCUACCCUGAGAGGUCACUUCUGCCUUUCCAGUGACAAAAUGCUGUGCUAUCUCUUAAAAACAAAAGCCAUAGUAAACGCAUCUGAGAUGGAUAUUCACAAUGUGCCUCUACCGGAAAAGAUUGCAGAGCUGAAAGAGAAGAUAGUGCUAAUGCAUACUCGCUUAGAUUCACUAAUGAAGAUAUUGAAUGAAGCGACUCCAGGAAACUGACCCAGAACCAAGCAAGGCCUGAGUGUCAGUUCAGACUUGAUUGUUACCUUCAGCAAGUACUGUUUGGUCCUUUCUUUAAAAAGACUGACUUCAAGAAUGGGGUCAAAUGUGGUUUAUGUUUACCUCUAUAUUUCUAAAUGAUUUGUGAAGCUGUCUUUAAAUGAGUCUUCUGUUCAGGUUUUAAAACUAUUUGCCUUAAGAACUUUUUUUGCUUCUUAUGAUUUCAUAAAGGUUAUCUCUGAAAACAUCUUUGACUGUAAAUUUAAGAAUUAGGAGUCACUGUUACAUGGUUGGUCUGAAAAUGUUUUGGGCUUAAUGUUGGGUACUGUUAAUAGUAUUCCUGCAUGGAGCAUCUGUUAUGAAUACUGAUCAUUUUUUUCUUAUGUAAAAUAUAGAUAUAUAAUAUUCUAUAGGUAAUAAUAAAU